AUGGAUUUAGGUUAUGAUCUGUCGGCUCUCCUCUCUGAGGAUUUUGACAUUGAAAGUGCCAUAGAUUUUGACGAUUUAUUGGGAACCCCGAAAAAUCAAGAGUUUUACGAAUUGACAUCGAAAACAAUGCCUGUUACAGAAAGCGCUCCGAACCUGAAAACCAUCAACCCAGCUUCGAGGACGCAACUGAAGCUGCAGCUGAUGCGCGACCAAGCUUUGCAGCUGCAGCAGCAGCAGCGUCUCCAACCUCACCCGAUGAACAUCCCUUCUGCGACACCCGUCAAGGUACCGCUGAACAGCAUCGCCGAAGUACCGCCUCAGGUGCUGCACGUCCAGACCGAGCUCGAGAACCCGACCAGGUACCACGUGAUGCAAAAAGCGAGGGACCAGGUGAAGCAGUACCUGAGCGAGUCGUCCCAGGCGCCCGAGCUGCGGACGCAGAGCGCACCGACGGUUACCAACGGUACCAACGAUACCAACGGUACCAGCGGCGCGCGUGCGCAGUACCGUCCUGCGCAGGGGAACGCCUCGCCUGGCUAUGAGGGACCUGUGCUGUCGCCCGCUUUGAGCUCCGGGGCUACCAGUUGUACCUCUGAGGCUGAAGACUUAAUAGAUGAUUUACUUUCACUGGAAUCCAGUUCCCUGGCAUCUGACGGCUUCAAAACGUCGGAAAAUUCCCUAACAGGAAAUGAUCUCAAUAUAAAAAACGAGCCCUACCAUCUCAGUGAUGCUGAGUUACAUGCUCUCGCCAAAGAUAGACAGAAAAAAGACAACCACAAUAUGAUCGAAAGAAGAAGGAGAUUCAACAUAAAUGACCGUAUCAAAGAAUUGGGUACCCUCCUUCCGAAAAAUAAUGACCCCUACUUCGAAAUCGUCAGAGACGUCCGUCCAAACAAAGGCACAAUAUUAAAGUCGUCAGUCGAAUAUAUCAAGUGCCUGAAGAACGAAGUACUGAGACUUAAACAACAAGAAGCCAGACAAAAACAAAUGGACAGCAUCAACAGAAGACUUCAACUGCGAGUACAGGAACUCGAGAGACAGGCAAAAUCACACGGUCUUCCAGUGUCAGAAUUCAAUUGGCAAAAUGUGUCAGUUACCUCACCACCCCCUUACAAUGCGUACAACAACCAAGAGAACUCACCUACCCCCGUUGUGAUGCCGCCUAUCGUUUUGCCAGACCCCAUCAGUCGAACGAUGCCCGACGUGAUAUCCGACGCCCUUUCCGAAGCAUCCCUCAACCUGUCGGCGAUGGAGGACGGCAUGGACGACGACGACCUGUACGGCGUCAACGGCGACCCGAUGCUGUCCUCGCCUCACGCCCUGCGUCCCGACGCGCUGCUCGCCUCCGCCGCCCGCAGCCCGGCGUCGGCCGAUCCCCUGCUGUGCGAGAGGCUGAGCACGCCGACGCCGUCCAGUCACAUCGACCACGAGGUGGACUCGCUGGACAUCGACAUGAUCGCAUAG